AUGGCCACGACUCGGGAUUUGCCAGAAGCUUUGGUAACGUCGAUCACUGCCGGCAGUGUCGCUGCGAUUUUUCAAACAACGGUGACGUAUCCAUUUGAGUUUCUGAAAACUGGAAUGCAACUCCAACGGGCCAUCGGCGGCGCGUCGCACUUUAAUAUGCUUCACCAGCUGAAGUUUUAUUUUGCAGGGUGCUCAGCAGUGAACGUUGGCACCGUUUUGAAGACCGCAGCGCGCUUCACGACUUUUGAGAAAGCGUGCGACUUGAUGCGGGAUGCAGAAGAUCAGAAAGGUGCGCCUUUGACAGGACCAAGACUGCUGCUGGCCGGCGCUGUCACUGGCUUCAUGGAAAGUUUGCUCGUUAUUCCUUUCGAAAGCAUCAAGACCACCAUGAUUGAAAAUGCUUUGGUCAUGUCAAAGCGGGCUCAGCCGGGUGACAAAGCAGCUGCAGAUGCAAACGAACCUAAACCUAAAGUUCGAGCCACUUUCCACAAACCGGAUUAUUCUGCGGUAUCGCCUCGACAAAAGCUUUUCCUACACUAUAAAGAACAUCCAUCUUCUCACUUUUUUGGCACAAUUCGCGAGAUAUAUCUCACUAGAGGCCUACGUGGAUUUGUGCAGGGUACAGCGCCCACUAUCAUUCGCCAGAUGGCCAAUUCUUCCGUGAGAUUCACGAGCUACACCAUGAUGAAACAGUUUGUAUCGCCCAACAAGCCCCUCAACGAAUACUACGCAUUCGCGCUUGGUGCACUUUCAUCCUGUGCUGUCGUCGCCGUCACGCAGCCUAUCGAUGUCAUCAAAACAAGAAUGCAAUCCAAAUACGCAUGGAGCACUUACAAGAGUUCGGUUAAUUGUGCUUAUCGGAUCUUUGUUGAGGAAGGAAUCAGUCAAUUUUGGCGUGGUUGGGCUCCUCGGCUCAUGAAGGUAAGUCUUGCCGGUAGUGUUUCGUUUGGAGUUUACCAGUACACCGAAAACUUGUUAUUAUACAUGAAACACGCCGGAAGACCUUUCAGCAAUUGA